UGGCUCUAGCCUGGGACGCUCCAGAAUAAAAUCUGGAGUGCAGACUCUCCUCAACUCAGAGGGAUUAAUUUUAGACCUAGCACUUAUUUCUACAGUGGAACAACCAAAAUCUAUGGUCCAACCACCCUCCCUGCUUGGGUACAUGUAUGGUUUAGAUCCAGAUCCAAAUCCCGAGCCCUGGCUAUGCUCACCCUGUACAGCAAGAAGAUUGAAAACGCCUGGUUUAAUUUUUAAGUUCUCCAUUGCUCUCAACCACAGAGCAUCACCCAACAGGAAAUGUGUAGAAGCCCCUGCCCAGCUCUUAGAUGUUUCUGAGUGGAUAGUGAUAGGGUGGUGGGAACAGAGGACAGGGCAGCAUUUGGGGGGUGUAACAGCCAACAUCUGCACACCCAGACAGAGACUGCCAAGGGGGAGUGAAAAUAAAGAGGAGUCAGGAAAGGAGGCAGGAUUACCUUCCCCUUGCCACCUCAAUCAACUGUGGCAUAGUGGGCCCCCUUACCAGGCCCUGCAUCCUGGUAGGGAUUGAAACCUUCUGUCCCCUGUCAUCUGCAGCCAUCAUCACACCGGUGUGGCGGCACUUUCUCGCUAAGCCACCUGCUCAUAGCAAAAAAUGAUGUGGUUUUCUGCUCUUUUCUCUUCCUCUGCACAAACCAGCCCAGAAUACUCAAGUUACAGGCUCCUAAGAGAGCCAGACAUUCAUCCCAUAUGCCAAAGACAGCCCACCUGGGGGUUGUCUUUUGGGACUAAAUGCAUGCAGUCUCCCACCUCGAUGUGGGGAGAACUACAGCUUGAAAACCAAGGCAGGAGGGGAGGCAUUAUUGAAUUUUUUUUGCUUAACCACCAUGAAAAGUGAUGUAAAACCUUCCUGCUAACAUACAUAUAUGGAGUUUUGUGUCUGAUUUGUAUUUGUAUGAUCUGUGGCACUGUGUAUAGAUGAAGAUAAAAGGUAGUAAGUCAGGAGUGAAAGGAGAGGAAGAGAGCGGGAGCUCUCUAACCUACAGCAUAGAAGGUGCUUCAGCCAAGUGUGUGCCUGAACAGCAACUUCUGCUUUUUUUUUUUUUUUUUUUUUUUUUUUUUUUUUUUUUUUUUUUUGCAAUCAUUGCUCGCUUGACAGGCCCAGACGGCAUUACAUCACUUCCUAAAACCCAUCAAAGAGAGUCCAUCUCCUGCAGAAAUGCAGCUCAGAUGCUCCCCGGCAGGAAGCAGGAAAUGUAGAUGUUCGGGUGCAGCAGGGAGCCUGCCGGAGUGCCCCUCAGGUGGGAGCGCAGCCGGGGCAGCAUGCGGAGCCCCGGGCUCACCGCCCUGCUCUCUGCCCUGGCGCUGGCCGCGGGAUCUGCCGGCACUGACCCUGGAAAUGAUGGAUCAGGAGAUGGAUCGACGAUAUUACCCACUUUUACAGCAACACAUCUUCCUGCUACGGGUCCUUCAACCGUGGAUGACCACGAGCCAGUACUUGUAACUGCAAGCACUACUGAAAGCAGCUUUGAAGCACAGAGUUCUCCAAGUACUGAACUGAAUGCUGUGAACGAUGAGGACAGUCUAGAAGCAGCAGAACAGUCUAUCUUGAUAUAUGUCGUCCCUGCUGUGCUGCUGGUCCUGCUGAUUUUGUUGAUCACAUUUUUUGUAAUGCAUCAUAAAAGGAAAAAGUCCAAGCAAGAUGAGCUGGGAAGUGAAAAUGUAAAAAGUCCUAUUUUUGAAGAAGACACACCCUCUGUUAUGGAGAUAGAAAUGGAAGAGCUUGAUAAAUGGAUGAACAGCAUGAACAGAAAUGGUGACUGUGAGUGUUUGCCUACUGUAAGAGAAGAGGAAAAAGAAUCAAUCGCCAACCCAAGUGAUGGUGAAUCAUGAAGUCCUCAGAACAGCAAAGAACUGGCUAAAGGGAUGCAGCACACAAGCUCAUCGUUCCCCAGAUAUUGGAAGAACUGGAUUUAAAUAUAAUUAAUCUCAAAAGGACAUAGAAGCAAAUGCUGUUGCUGUGUCCCGCUUUAUAUGGUCUUCAAAAAGGAAACAUUACCAAGGGAAAAGAAGAAAAGAAGAGAAGGAAAAAAAAAAAAAAAAAAAAAAAAGCACUGCAGCAAGAUUAAGGACUGAUUUAAAAUCUUUUUACAAUGAGAUUCACCAAAUCAAGAGAAACCUCUUUUCUACCCCUGCUAAAAGUUCUCAAAGUAGUCCAUGUUUCUAUCUAGUUCUGCAGUUGUGUAUUGUGCAGCACUUAAAACCAAUUCUGUUCCAGGUUUGGUUUGGUUUCAAGGGUGUUUGUUUCAGUGUCCAUAAUUCUGGACUGCCCUGGUUUGGUGGAUAUGAAGCUCAUGCCUAUGCAAUGUUUAUUUUUCAAUUUGCUUUUUCUGAACAGUGCACUGAUUUGCACAGGAUUGCUUUUGGGGAUGUACCAGGCUAGGACAGACCAGCUAUGAGGGCAGACAGCACCUAAAAAGCCUCUCAAAGGAAUAGCCACAAGUGACUGCAGCCCAGCAAGGGCAUGGAUUCUGCAGAGUGCUUUUUGGUUUUCAGAUUAAAGGCACUGUAGAGGUGAAAAGUAUUAUUUUGAGACUGCCUUUCAGUUUGUUAUCUCCACAGAUGAGCGCCCUGGGCUACCUCUCCCCAUGUAACUCUUCUUCCUGCCCAGGGCUAUACUCUAACCACCUACUUCAGGAAUAUUCAACUUAAAAAUAUCUAUUUUAAAAAAAUGAAUGAGGUUGAAAAAUUGAACAAUUCAGUACUCACAUUAAAUACAGAUUUAGAUAAGUAUGUGUUAUGCAAAAUUAUUUGGCCAAGGUUUUCAGAUGCAGGAGGUUUCCUGCUGCUUCUGUUUUUAAAUACCAAGCUUGCAAUAUCUGAAAGUCAUGGACUUCUAAAUGUGCCCAGUCACCUUCAGCUACAAUGAAAAAAUCAGACUCCUGGGAUACCUCAAGGUGGGAAUAUGAAUGUUUUAAUUGUGUCCAUUGGUUUUAGAUACCACAUCUGUUAGGCAUGUAGCUUAAAUAUGUAACACACAUAAAAGUGGAUCCUUGCUUGGUCAAAGCUUCUCUUGCUUUAUUUAAAAUAGCAGAUUCGUAUGCUACCAUAUCUUAUGUCCUACCUAUCUUCAUAUUCUAUUUAAAUAUGCAAUGCCUUCCCACUCAAUACAUGUUUAAUAUGAUCAGUUUUGUUUUGCCUGCAAAUAAUUCACUGAUGUUACCAUGCAUGGCUUGAUUAGAGAGAAAAAAAGUGCCUCAAGCCUCUGUGAUGGCAUCUAAGUAUCACUAACAGCUGACAAAUACAGAGAAUGAUUCAGCUUUGUGAAUAAUUAAAGACGUAAAAAUACAGAAGGAAAAAAUGUUUAGAGCUAACCAUAUUCAAUUACUGAAUUUGACUUGAUUAGUAAUUUCCUCAAAGAAUAAAAUAUUUCUUCACUGUUCCAAAACAAUUUAUUGAAAUGAGUAAUUAGUAAAUGAGUGAGGUAAAUAAAUAUUCCCUGUUUGGAUGAUUUUUAACUUUGAAAGAAAUGUUUUAAGUUCAUCUUUCACUACUUCUUUUUUAAACAUUUCUACUAUUUACUGACAGUAAACCCAUCAUGUAGAAUGUUGGUUUAAAAGAAUGCAGUCACAAGGGGAAGAAAAAGUGAAAGACUGAAAUGUAGAAAAUUUUUAAAAAUUGAAGUAGGUAUUUUCCAGUAGUAGUUUUGUUAGGUACUUCUUUCCAACAGACAAAGAUGUUUUGCUCACUUUUCCCACAAUUUGUAAAGCAGUAACCUGAAGGUGCCCAAAACAGCGAGACUGCGGUCUUUUUUAAAUGGUACAAGAUAAAAGGCCAUAUUUUAAGACCAUUACCAGCUGUGUGGUUGGAGGGCAGUCAGUGGGACCCAGCAGUCCACAACACCAGUGUCCAGCAGUGACUCUCACCACACCAUGCUCCAGUCCACACAGCUCCGUGUCCAACAGCUGUGUCUUCUCCCUGGAGAGAGCUGAAGCACAGAUGGAUAUGAAGAAUAGGAGUCCUUGCCUUUCAUAUUUUAUUUAUUUUUGCUUUUGAAAAUUAACCAAAUCCCAAAGGUGACAUUCUAUGGCUUAACUCAGUUCUGGCACACUGAUGAUCCAUCAUCUGUCCGAGCCACACACUGAUAAUAGUGCAAUGCACUAACUCCAUUUGCUGUGGCAUUUGAAAAGAGCUUGUGCUGUGCAUGUGGAUGGUUUGGGGCGUUUGUUAAUUCUAGAUGGUCCUUCUGCCAGAUAAAAGGCUGCACAGCUCCAAAUAAGUUUCUCAGAAAUUAAGUUUUACUUAUGUAUUUUAUUUUUCAAGUUUACCUUUGAGAGAAUAUUUUUUCUGUAACCUUAUGCCAUUAAGCAUUAAUUCUUAUUCCAGUGUUCAUGACUGAUCAAUCUCUUCAUAAAGCUUUAAAAUCAAUUUUGUCCAGAACUAAUAUCUAGGUUGGAGGUUUAUAAUUAUUCAUGUCACUUACCCUCUCUAAAUUCUGGCACACCAGAGAAUUUAUUUCCCUCUUCAGGAACUUUUCUCGGCAUUUAAAAAUACAAAACAAUGCUUUGGGCACUUCCUCAGCCAAUUCUGAAAGAAAUUUUCUCUAUCUGCUGAUUUUUAAAAGUGCAAACUUAAUAUAUGCUGCGUUACUAUUGAAAAAUGUACCAUUCCAUCAAAUCUCACCUGUCAUCAGGUCUUUUCUCCUUGUUGAAACAGACCAAGGGUCAAGGAAUUGGCAUUUCAGUAUAGUUAUGGAUAUUUCCAAUAGAUUCCCUCAGUACUAGACAAAUACAAUUUUCAGUAUUUCUCUUUUCCCUGGACAUUUAUACAGCAUAGUUAUUCUUCCCCUAGCCCUAAACUAUGGAGGGGAUCACUCAUUCAUCUGAUUCCUCAGCCCAGCUCUGCACUACUCCGUGUCUCCCCGCUGGUCUCUCUCUGGAACCAUAACUUUCAUGCUGAGGUCUGCAUUUGCCACGGCCACUCUGGCCCAACACUCGCUCACAGCCAAGCCUUUCUGUGGACACCACGUUCAGGGGUGCAGCCUCAUCACGGGCACUGCUUUAGCCCCUCUCCUCCAUCACCCCGUUUGGUAUUUCCCUCUUCCUCUCACCCGCAUGCCCCUUGCUCUCCUGUUUGUUUUACGCUUUUCAUCAGUUCCUGCCCAUUUCCUUUUGCACAGUUUUGCUUCAGUAUUUUAAUUUUGUGGGUAGAUUGAAUUACAGGGUAUUUCGACCAUUUCAUGCCUACAUUAAUACAGCCCAAACAUUAUAAUAUUUCAGUUCCUGAGUAUUAACUGUACACGUGUUGCGGUGAAAUAAAUCCUCCUUUUUAACCCCUCCGAAGUUGCUUGCUAGUUCAGGCCUUGGAAGGCUUUGGAGGAAUAUUUCAUAGACAGUAUAAAGGAUCCAAAAGAGGCUCUGACCCUCAGCCGCAGAUCAAGAUGUUUAUUCCAGGUGGUAUCCAGAGGGAAAGAGGGCAUGCACAGAGGAACAGGGUCUCUUCUCAGCUCUUGCCAGGGAGGGGCAGUUUGGGUCAGCCAUUAGGGUCAGAAAGGGAAGGAAGGGUCAAACUACAUGGUACAAGCUCUAGGGGUCCCUGAGGGGGGAGAAACCAUUCCCACAGGGAAAUGUAACAUUGUGGUACCUUCAUUUUCCCUAAAUCGUUCACAGAGUCAGGUCCUCUACCCACAAAAUAAAAAGGAGAACAACCAGACAGUAGAUAAGAUAGCAGCGAACUCUAAAAAUUAUUUUCUCACCAUGCACUACAGAGUAUUUAAGCCUCUGUGGUAAUAUCAUUAGCCUGAUCUGAGCCAACCCAUCUCACCAUCAUCUUGCAACAUCUUCCAGUAACUGAUAACUCAAAUUAUCAUCCCUCAGCAGAAAAUGAGAAAAAGCAUGGAAACGGGAAGUAUCUCCCACUAUGUAUUUUUCUGAAAUGUUUCACAAAUGUGAUGAUCCCUAAGGAACUGCUACCUCUUUUUCCAUUUUCUUCAAUAAUUUCAGUAGUUAUCCAAGUAGUUAUUCAAGACAAUUUGACAUCUAAUUUACAGCAUGAAGCUUUUUUGUCCUGCAGAAAAGCUACAGAUCCAAAGGUGGAUUUGAGAAAUUCAUAGGUAAUAAGAAGGGUAAUUAAGAACCAACACCUCUCCUAGACAUGCCAAAAAUCAGUAUCUUAACAAAAUAGAAAUAACUCCUCCAUAAAGUUACGAACAUAAGGUUGCUGAUAUUACCAGCAGCAAAUUAAUUCCAUAAGAGUCCUGCAUUUGUAAAGCAUGUAACCCUAACAUUAACCUCAGCAAAAAUGAAUGUUCUUUUAGUUUCUAGAUAAUCAUAAGUUAUAGAUUUGUAGAUAACGCUUGUUCUAAGAUUAGAAUUUUUUUUUUUGUAAUACUAAACUCAUUGGGGGACCCUAAAUUUUUAGAAGUUCCAUUACCUUUCUGAUGUCAGACUGCUGUUUAUUCAACUGUUUUAUUAUUUUGUAAUGUAAAUAUUUGACAGACACAAUAUUACUUAAUUGUAUAUAAGAAUUUGAGAUUUUAAACAACUUGUUCUAAUAAAGUUUUUAGUGUCUACAGA